AAACAUUACUCCAAAAUGGCAACAAAGCUGAAUUUGUUGUCAUUUUUCCUAGUCAUCAUCCUCAUGCAUGUUGGAAACAUUUCAUCAAGUUUUUCACCCGAAACUUCAUCAUCAACAACAGGAAUCAAAGGUGGAUAUUGGCCUUCUUGGAAAGCCGAUAAAGUCCCUCCAUCAGCCAUCCCAACUGGUUAUUUCACACACAUAUUCUACGCUUUCGCCACUCUCAAUCCCGAAACCUACAGCUUAAACAUCACUCCAUCUGAUAAACAAUGGAUGCCAGUUUUCACAAACACAAUCCACUCGAAAUCGCCUUCGGUGAAGACCAUGUUGUCCAUCGGAGGAGCUGCCGCGAACUUGACCGUUUUCUCCAUGAUGUCGGCGAAAAAGGAACACCGCACUGCGUUCAUCAAUUCAACCAUCGACGUAGCUCGGAAAUACGGGUUUGACGGCCUAGACCUUGACUGGGAAUUCCCCGGAACUCCCCGGGAAAUGAACAAACUCGUGUAUCUUUUCCGGGAUUGGCGUAACGCCGCAACCGAGGAAUCCAUUUCUUCAGGGAAACCAGCCCUUUUGAUCACCGCAGCAGUUUAUUACACCACAACCGUGACCUUAAACACCAACAUCCCUCGUGUUUACCCUGGUUAUCGCAUCGGAGAAUACGUCGAUUUCCUCAACCCGAUGUGCUACGACUACCACGGCGGCUGGGAACCAACAUUGACCGGUGCUAAUGCGUUGCUUUACGAUAAGUCCAGCAAUGUCAGCACGAGCUACGGAAUUUCGACGUGGAAAUCCAGCGGGAUAAACCCGGAACAAAUCGCGAUGGGGCUGGCUAUAUACGGGAGAUCAUGGACGUUGUCGGAUCUGGCGAAUAACGGCAUCGGAGCUCCGGCCACAUCGGUCGGACCGGGUGUCCAGGGGGUGUUAGGAUACAAUGAAAUAUUGAAGUUCAAUGCGGCGUUUGAUGCAACGGUAGUGUUUGAUAAAACGACUGUGUCGACUUAUUCGUAUUCAGGAACUACUUGGGUUGGGUACGAUGAUGUCCUGACGAUCAUCUUGAAGGUGAAAUUUGCAAAAGCUCAGGGACUUGGUGGUUAUUUCUUCUGGGCUCUUGAUACUGACGAUAACUGGUCCAUUUCCAGAGCAGCUUCCAUGGCCUGGGAUGGAGAAAUCUGAUUGACAUCGAGGAGGUCCUGAAGUUUGGUGACGGAGUUAUGACAUCAAGUUCCAGCUGACAUGUUUUUUAUUACUUUGUGCAAGCAUUUUAAUUAACACGUAUUCUAUUUUCCAUUAAUCUUUGUUGUGACGAAAACUUUCAGGCUUAUACAUUUUUCAAGGGUGUUGAAACAAAAUUUGUGUAGUUCCCUUCUUUUCCUUUUUCGUGGUUACAAAUAUAC